AUGCAAGCAGAGAGUUCAGAGGAGGUGCGAUCGGUGGCUGGAGCUACAGAUACUAGAGGGAAGCAUAGGAUUUCUGCUGAAUUGAAGAGACUUGAGCAAGAAACUCGUUUCUUGGAGGAAGAGCUGGAACAGCUUGAUAAAAUCGACAUAGCAUCAGCAGCUUGUAAGGAAAUGCUGAUGAACAUUGAAACCAAGCCUGAUCCACUUCUCCCACUAACGAAUGGUCCUACAAAUCCGACGUGGGACAGAUGGUUUGAAGGACUGCAAGAUUCUUCUGGCUGCAGAUGCUGGAUCUUAUGA